CAAGAGGGCGUUCUCACAUUACGAAAUCAACAAACGAAGCUAGGCGAGCCAAAGCCAAAAAAAGGCGAAAUUGUUACUACUUAUAGUCUUGACUCUUGUAUUCUCAAUUAAAAAUGGCUGAUACAAUUAUGAAAUUCGGUGUGGAGCCAUGGAAUUUUGCCGAGCUUGUCGAAGCCUUCAAACAGGCUCCACUCUAUCACUUGGCGUUUGAGGUGAUUCUUGUUGUCUUUAUCAUUCGUCUGAUCUUCUCAAAGAGCUACUCAAUUGAAUCAACUGUCAAACUAACAGAAGCAGAAAAAGAACAGCUUAUCCAGGAGUGGCAGCCCGAACCCUUGGUCCCACCUGUAGACAAAAACCAUCCAGCCCUUCACUAUAAAGUAAUUACAAAACAAGGCAACAACAAGCUUAUAGUGGAUGGCAAGGAAGGCAUUAAUGUUGGGACUUUCAACUUUUUAGGAAUGCUUGGAAGAAAAGAAACAGAGGAUGCAGCAAUAGAGACAAUGAGAAAGUACGGAGUGGGUACUUGCGGGCCUAGAGGAUUUUUCGGGACCAUGGAUGUACAUCUAAACUUUGAGGAGAAGAUGGCUCAACACAUGGGCGUGGAGGAAGCCAUCUUGUAUUCCUAUGGAUUCUCAACGAUUGCCAGUGCUAUCCCAGCCUACGCCAAGAAGGGUGAUCUGGUCUUCUGUGAUGAAGGGGUUUGUUUUGCCGUUCAGAUGGGUCUGUUAGCCUCUCGAAGCAAGCUCAAAUUCUUCAAGCAUAACGACAUGGAAGACCUAGAAAGACUCCUGAAAGAGCAAGCUGUAGAAGACAAAAAGAAUCCUAAGAAGGCUAAAGUGAUGAGGAAAUUCAUUAUAGUAGAAGGACUAUACGUGAAUCAUGGAACCAUUGUCGAUGUGGAGAAAUUGAUUGAAUUGAAGUACAAGUACAAGGUGCGUAUCUUCAUGGAUGAAUCCAUGUCAUUCUUCGUACUUGGAAAAACAGGGAGGGGUGUCACGGAGCAUGCUGGUGUUGAUAUAACAGACAUUGAUCUUAUAUCUGUUUCAAUGGAAGCAGCUUUAGGCACCAUGGGAGGAUUCUGCCUUGGUACUAGAUAUGUAGUAGAUCAUCAGCGUCUGUCCGGUCUUGGAUACUGUUUUUCAGCCUCCCUUCCUCCCAUGCUUGCCACAGCAGCCAGCACGGCAGUAGAUAUCACACAGAAAGAAACAGAUAUAUUCAACAAGCUGAGGGCAAACAGCGAAUUUGUUCAUGUACAACUUUCAGGAAUGCCUGGUUAUCGGUUGGAUGGUGACUCUAUCUCACCCAUCAAACAUCUCAGGUUGGAAGAGACCAGUGGAAAUUGGCAGAAAGAUCAAGCUUUCCUAGAAAAGAUUGUAGUCAAGGCGCUAGAUGAAGGUGUAGUUCUUACUGUAGCAAGAUAUCUAGAGGAGGAAGAAGCUUUCUUACCACCACCGAGUGUACGUCUUGCGGUCAAUGUGACGCUGACUGAUGACCAGCUAACCAAGAUUACAUCGGUCAUCAGACUCUUGGCGGCGGCUGCUCUUAGAGAGAAAUCAGGGGAGGAAUAGAUACGAUUGAGGUAGAGCAAGAAAGAAAAAGAGAGUGGGAUAGAGAGCAAGAGAUAGAGAUAGAGAGGAAGAUUGGUUGAUAGAGAUAGAGAGGUAGACUGAUAGAGAGAGAGAGAGUUAGAGAGUGAGGGAGGUAGAAAAAAUUGGGAGAGAGGGAGAGAUAGGGAAAGAGAGAGAGGGGGAAGGGAAGAAAAGUAUUCAGAGGUAAAGUAGAGAAAUAGAGAAAGACAAAAAUCACCCAAAAGACAAAAAAUUUCAAUGAAUACAUGUACAAGGUUUCGCUCCUCACCAGCAUAUUAUUGUACACAGAAUCAUUUGUAAUAAACACUCAGAUGUUACGCAAAUUCAAAAUGUAUUUUUAUAUCAAACUUGUUGUUAUUAAGAUGUUGUCCCCCCCCCCCCUUUUGGUAAUGAAUAUCUUUAGGAAAACAACAGUUGGAUUAGUAGACGAAACAUAUUACUCAUACCUGAAAUAUCAUGCACAUCUGCAUGUACAUGUGCUAGUACCUUCAAGUGCUCCUUUGUUAAUGUUAAUUAUUUAUUUGUUUUAAGUGUUUUGUUCUAAGCAUUUAAUUGUUUGAAAAGAGGUUGACAAAUUAUAUUUUAAAAACCACUUCUUUCAUACAAAGGCAUUUCCAGAUAAUUACUGAUAAUUAUUGAUAUAAUAAUAAUCAAUUUGAUAUACAUGUAUAUCAAAUUAAUCUGCUUACUAACCCUGCAUAAGCUUGGAAGCGAGAAAAAUAUCCGAUUAAGUAUUUUUAUAUUUCCCUGUAUUCCUGGUCAAAGUUUAUUCCUCAGAACACUAUGUGCUUCAAACAUACAGUAUGAUGGGCAAGUCAUGGUAUUUCAGUGGCAUUUUUUGUAGUUUCCAGUUAUACAUUUUCUUCUUUUACAAGAAAUAUAACUUGUUUCAGUGUGCCAUUUGAACUGUUUUCCACGGGUUUCAUACAGGGAUGACCUGGACCUUGUGUCACAAAAAACUGUGAUUAAUCCAAUUAAUCUAAUCUGUAAUAAUCUCAUCUGUAAUCUCAUCAAUAAUGAAUUUUGUUCAAUUUCCAAGGUCUCCCAUGCAAUAAAACUGCAUGUUUAACUUUCACAAAGGCACCUUAGUACUUCAUGUCUCCCAUUCGUUCUGGUCAUUCUGUCUUUCCCUUCUUGAAAUGAUAUCCAAAGUAUGUAUUUUUAUGUGAGAUAAGCAGGUAUUUUGAUUAAUACUUUCCAUGCUUAAUAAUGCAAGUAAUAUAUUCAUUAACUUGUAUUGAAUAGUAUUUGAUAAAUUGAUCUGUUCCUUGUUGCAUAAAAGUUUGUUUUCUUUUGAUAUUGUUGCAUAAAAGUUACUCUUCCUUUGCAUAAAAGUCACUUUGCCUUUAAAUGGUAAUAAUAAUGGCAAUCGUGCUCAUCAUCAACCAAUCACAAUAAACCAUUCCAUGCAAAUUACCAUAAUUGCAAAGUUAGCAAUAGUUGUUUGUCUUAUGAAUUGGGCCCCCAUAUCAGUUUUGUAGGUCAUAUAAUAGUAAUGUACUUUAACUUCCAGUCAUUUCAAAGUCUUAUUGCAAUAGGGUACUUUUUUAUGAUUAAGUUUGUAAUCUAGAUGACCAUGUAUUCUCAAAUUUUCAACUCAUUAAGAUUCUGCAAUUAUGAUGCAUUAUGUAGAUAUAUUGAAGUUGAAGGUAUUGAUGAAAUUAAAUUUGAUGAUUUGCACAAAGGGUUGUAUAUACUGUAUUUAUAUAUUUAAGGUUUGUAUGGGUUACUUUGCAUAUGACAUGGUUGAAAGUUAAAAGCUGGUGUAGAAAAAUACAUCGUUUGUUAACUUAAUGAUGCUCUUUGAUAUGGACUACUAAACUGAAUAAUGGUGUUUCCUGAUUUGGGAUUACUUUCCAUUCUUGCAACGUAGAAUUAAUUGAUCAGCACAAGUUGAAAAGCUGUGCUGUAAUGAUAUGACUGGCUGUUGUCCCCCUUUCUUUGAUUGAUGCUCAUGGUGUAUUUGUAUAUCUGAAAUGCUAAUAUGAUUUUAACAAGGGUACACAAAUGAGAGACUUUCUCUCUGUCAUUGUAUGUUAUGAAUUUUGUCAGCUUUGAUAUAUGGGAGAGCCCCCUCUAUGUCCAAUCCUUUGAUGUGUUGCAAGAACAAAUAAAUUAGACUUGUUAAGUGUUCAUGAUGAUAUACAUACUAAAGGCAUGACAUCUGAUCAAAGAAUAUUAUGCUUUGGCAAACUUGAGGCAAGCAAUCCACAAUAAUCUCUGUCUCAUUUUGCGAGCAAAAUGCCACAACUUAGUUGACCCCAACACUCAAGAUAAUAAAUCUGUCAAGACUUUGCAAACUUGUCUAACCAGUUCUUUGAGAUCUUUUAUAAUGUCCAUAUGUUCAAGAUCUUAUUCGAUAUUUGCUUAACCUUAAUUCAGUUUUUUGGCAGUAACCACUUGUAUGUAAUUAUAUUUCUCAAUUUUAUUACCCUGCUUAAAUUUGAAGCAGUGUGGGGAAUGGCAUUGAUAGAUGUAUCGUAUUUGAAAGGAGAGGGUACCGGUACAUGUAAUUAAAAAUAUAGUUUUAGCAUCUAUGAUAUUCAACAUAGAGGCUUCUAGGUGUACCACCUAGGAAUAGCUCUAACCAAUGUGUUCAGAUCACAUCUGUGAUUUUAUUUCUUAUUACAUUCAUUGAUUUCAUAAAUGGAUGGACAGAACUAUGAUAUGGUAGUAAAGUGCAUAGUUUUUUGCUUUAAUAAUAAUAAUAAUAAUAAUGCUCAAUUCUUGUAUAGCGCAUCACACAUAGCAUAGCAUGUCCCUAUGCGCUUAAAGAAGAAAUAGUGUAAGGUAAGAAUAAAGUAAUAUAUUGGACCAUUAGUUCAAAGUGCUUUCUUUGACAGUUUUAAUCAUUUGUACUCAGACAAUUUUCGACUGCUCAGAGAUAUUGGAACACUUAUCACAAAGAGUUCUUCCGGCUAGAGAUGGCCUCCAACAUUUCGUGCUAGAAAAGGAAACCUGUUUUCAGAGACAGAUAUGUUAAUCAUUAAAUACACUUUGAUGGUAAAUUUAAAUCACUAAUAGUGAAAAUGAAAGAAUGCAUGAUGGAUAACAGACAAUAAAUACUGAGGCAUGUCAGAAGAACAGAUUUGUGCUGAGAUUGGUGGAAGAAAAUUACAAAAGAAUGCAAAAAAAAUGCUAUUGAGUCAUCCUUUUUAGGAAAUGUAUCCUUAACCAAUCUUCGUCAGUUUUUCUGUGCAAGUUUUCCUACUGAUCCAUGUGCAAACAUUUCUUAUGCUUGAAAAUGAAGAAACACUCAGUUUAAAUAAUGCAAGUGAAAUAAUGUGAAUCAUUUGCCUUUGUUGAAGUGAUAAUGGGGAAUCCAGGUUUCCUUUUUCCGGGGUACAACAUAUGCUGUUCUAUUGGUUAAUUGCAUUAAUGCUACCAUUGAGUUCUGUCUGCAUGAUGCCUUUAUGAAUCAUAUUAUCUACAGACUGCUGUAUUGAUACUUUCACAUUGGGGACUUCAUGUUAUAAGUAAGGUAGAACUUGACAUUUGAAAUAGAUGAAAUAAUUAGAUGAAAUGUUAAGACUUGAUUUUAUGUAUGGUGGUGUGGUAAGAUAUUUGGUAUCUUAAUUGAACAUAUUUAUAUGCAUAUGAUCAUAUAAAAUCACUGGACUGUGAUAUAAUGAUACAAUUUGAUAAUGAUAUGAUUUAAGUAUAAUGGUUUUGAGGAAUGAUUUGUUUUUUAAUAAAAAUUAAACUACAUUUGAAAAUACAA